AAUCCUCCUCAAACUUAUGACCUGUCUCUGGCCUUGGCGUGUAGCGCGGUGCUGCUAGUUGUCAGUGUGUGCUGGCUGUAGGACUUGUUUAACGUUAACUAGCUGGUGUUCACGUCCGACAAGUCGGCUAGUUAGCAGGGAACCGUUAGAGCGGAGCUGAGCCACAAUGCUGAAAUGUAGAACUGCAUGGAAAAAGCUUGCACCUCUAGCUAGAGCUUCAUCAACUGUGUGCCGGCAGAACGUGAGGCGAGCAGGUUUAAACCAUGGCAGACUACCAGCACAAAUACCUGUGGCUCAUAUGUCCACCGGGCCAGCAGGGGGAGGUCGAGAAAACCAGCUGUAUGCCCUUCUGGUUGGAGCGGUUUGCCUGGGUGGUGGAAUUUAUGCAUACCGAACUAUAAAGGGAGACCAAAUAAGAUACCAGGAGCGUAUUGAUGAUAUUUCAACAAGACAUAAAGUCACCACAGAACAGCCAGACGAGCCCAUCGAGGCAGAGCCGCCUGCUGUGGAAGCCACUGAGCCAGAGGCUGCUCCUGAGCCAGAACCUACACCAGAACCUGUGGCAGAGCCUUCAUCAGAACCACAAGCAGAACCCACGCCAGAGGAGCCGAGCUCCCCGGCCCCUGAAGCCGAAGCAGAAGCCCCAAGUGAAACGACUGAAUCAGCCCCAGUAGCAGAAGAAGCAGUGGUAGAAGCACCUCCAGAAGAGGCAGCAGAGGUAGCAGAGCCACCUGCUGCACCUGUAGUAGAGGAGGUAGCAGAAGAAGCAGUGGUAGAAGCACCUCCAGAAGAGGCAGCAGAGGUAGCAGAAACGCCUGCUGCACCUGUAGUAGAGGAGGAACCCUUGCCCCCACCUGAGCCGUCCCCAGCUGAACCUACAGAGCUGCCGCCCUCUGAACCCGUAGUGGAGAGUGAACCUCCAGCAGAAGCAGAAAGCCCCACAGCAGAGCCCCCCGAGCCUCAGCCUGAAGUGGUGGCAGAGAGUGUAGAAGAGAUCACACCUGCCGCUUCCAAGAUCCCCUCACACGCCCCCUACCUUCUUAUUGGUGGAGGAACAGCCUCCUUUGCUGCUGCCCGCUCCAUUCGAGCCAGAGAUCCAGGUGCCAAGGUACUGAUUGUGACUGAUGAGCCAGACCUUCCAUACAUGAGGCCACCUCUUUCUAAGGAGCUUUGGUUCUCUGAUGACCCUAGUGUGACAGAAACACUGAGAUUCAAACAGUGGAAUGGAAAGGAAAGAAGUAUCUACUUCCAGCCGGCCUCAUUCUACAUUAAACCAGAAGAAUUGGAAAGUGCAGAAAAUGGGGGUGUGGCUGUUCUCACUGGCAAGAAGGUGGUACACAUGGACGUGAGAGGCAACAAAGUAAAACUUGACGAUGACUCUGAAAUUUCAUACAACAAGUGUUUGAUCGCUACAGGUGGCGUGCCAAGAAACCUGCAGGUCAUCGAGAGAGCAGGAGAGGAAGUGAUGAAGAGGACCACUUUGUUCCGUAAGAUCGAUGAUUUUAAAUCUUUAGACAAGGUGUCGAGGAACAUUCAGUCCAUCACCAUCAUUGGAGGUGGCUUCUUGGGCAGUGAGCUGGCCUGUGCCCUUGGCAGAAGAUCCAAUGAGUCUGGCCUGGAGGUCAUUCAGAUGUACCCUGAGAAGGGCAACAUGGGAAAAGUGCUACCUGAGUAUUUGAGCAACUGGACAACAGAAAAAGUCAAAAGAGAGGGUGUGAAAAUAAUCUCAGAAGCUCUUGUGAAAUCUGUCACCUGCAAAGAUGACAAGUUGGAAAUCCGCCUGAAGGACGGCCGAGUGGUCAAAACGGAUCACAUAGUUGCAGCUGUUGGCCUGGAGCCCAAUGUUGACCUUGCCAAGUCAGCAGGUCUGGAGGUGGACUCGGACUUUGGUGGCUUUCGGGUCAAUGCAGAGCUGCAAGCUAGAUCCAAUAUUUGGGUGGCAGGAGAUGCUGCGUGUUUCUAUGACAUCCGACUGGGCCGCAGACGAGUGGAGCACCAUGAUCACGCUGUCGUGAGCGGAAGACUUGCAGGAGAGAACAUGACUGGAGCCAACAAACCGUACUGGCAUCAGUCUAUGUUCUGGAGUGACCUGGGACCAGAUGUUGGCUAUGAAGCGAUUGGCAUCGUUGACAGCAGCUUGCCAACAGUGGGAGUUUUUGCCAAGGCCACAGCCAAGGACACACCUAAAGCUGCUACAGAGAAGUCAGGGACAGGGAUCCGCUCAGAGAGCGAAACAGAGGACACAGCCGUCAGCCCUGUGGCCUCUUCAACACCAGCUCCAGCAGAGGAACAGCACAAAGACGACUACGGAAAAGGAGUCAUCUUCUACUUGAGGGACAAAGUGGUUGUGGGCAUUAUCCUGUGGAACGUAUUCAACCGAAUGCCUAUUGCAAGAAAGAUAAUCAAAGAUGGAGAGGAACAUGCAGAUCUGAAUGAAGUGGCCAAGCUUUUCAACAUCCACGAGGAUUAAGACGAAGGCUGACACUCACUACAGGAGGGGAGUUACGCUUCAUGAUGAGACUGAACUCUGACAGCUGUUUCCAUGCACUUACAGACAAAUCUGAUCAAACAAACAAACCAGAGAAUUUAUGUAAAUUAUUUCAUGUUGCUGGAAUAUUUUUGUUUUUGACAUUUGCAUCUGUUGCAUCUGUUUUGUUUGUUUUUCAUUUCUCUCAUCCUGCCUCUUCUUCCACCAACUAUGCUUUUUUUUUUAAACCGUGGUCAAGAUGCGAUUGUUUGUCUGCUUCUCCCACCAGGCUGAAAAAUGUUGAGCAUGGAUCAUUGUUUCCCAUGGUGUGAUCAGAGCAGCUUGUCGUGAGAAAAAGCUGCAAUAAAAGCUAUUUUUAAAUCAGA